AUGCAGGCCCGAGGUUAUGCACGCUGUGCGGUUGGUUCGCUGUUCGGAAUUUUGACUUGCACGACUAUUGUAAUAGCUACUAACUUAUUGAAUGGAAUAAAAUUAGAUCCUUCCGUUCCCGUAUAUAAACCCGAGGAUUUCAUCGUUGUUAUAAAUACCGAGCAGGCGAGAUUGCAGUUGGCGCUUGCAUCAAGGCCCCUCCGGGUCGGUCUCCGGACAUUCAUUGCGCUAGACAACGCCAGCCUUGCCGAAGAGCUUAAACAAAGCGGGCACCUCCACAAUGAAACUUACGCUUACUUCCCAAACAGGAAUAUUACGGGCCCGGAGAAAAGCAAGCCCGGCGACACCCGGUGGCAAGCCGCUCCCUUUAUGGCUCACCGUCACUAUGGCCCCACUUACAAGUGGAUGCUGCUCGGAGACGAUGAUACCCUAUGGUUCAUGCUAGGUGUCAAACGCCUCCUGUACGGCUACGAUCACAACCUGCCGUACGCCAUCUCCGACCACAUGGGUGACCAUAAUGCUCGCGGCUUCUUCUUGCCGUCGCCCCUGGCCGCCGUUUGCUCUCCCUGCCACUGGACCGACCUGCUCCAUGCACACCAUCGAGAGGAUCUUUUGCCGUACAGCUCUGCCGUACUGACGCAGCAGGAGAUCUCUGAAUGGGAUCCUCGGGAGCUGGAUGGCUGGGGCUGGGGCGACCCCGCCGUCGCCCGUUGCCCCUGUCGACCGCCCGAGGGGUGCCUGCACCGCGCCCGCGUCUGUCGCGGCCGUAGCCGCGGUCAGGAGCUGUGCGGCCGCACGCUGGCUUUCAAAACCGGUUUCCGCGGGAACCGCAGCUGGUGCGGCUACAGCUGGGGCCACGGCGGCGCCGGGGUCGUGCUGUCCGUGGGGCUGUUGCGGGCGACGGCGGGCGGUCCGGGGGAGGUGUGUGCCCGUACGACACAGGUCCACUCCUGCGACAUGAACCUCGCUAUGUGCCUCAUGAACCCCGCUCUGGGUCUCUCAGGGCUACAAGGGGGGGCUACAGGGCUACAAGGGGGGGCAGGCGCUGGUGCAGUCCACGACAGCGGUAGUGACAAUGGUAGCGGCAACAGGGGUAGCAGUAGCAGUAGCGGUAGCAGUAGCGCCAGCGACAACGGGGAUAGCGGUAGUGUUUCGUUGCUACCGGGCGGAGGUGGUAACGGCGCCACCAGCACAGUUGGUCGGGUAGAGGAGGUGGAGAAGGAGGAGGAGGGUUGGGGUGGCAGCGGGUUGGGGAUAGACAGGUCGGAGGCGGGCGCUGGGCCUAGGGUUUCAGGAGGCCUGGAGGGAUUCAUGUUCACGCACCCGGGAAAUGCAGUACUGCGCGGCGCAAACUGGGCCGACCCGCGGUUCAUCGUGUUCGAUAACCCCGUGUAUCAGAAGGUGUUGCGCGACCCGGUGGGGUUCCUGGAGGGGCGUGUGGUGUGCGGGCGUGGGGACCGGGAGGCAGCUAUGGUGGCGGCGGCGGCUCUUGCGGAGCGGCCCGUGCCUGGUGAGGAAGGAGGGGAGGCAGCAGCGCAGGGAGUGAGGCAGGGGGCCUCGGUAGAGGGCGAAGAUCCAGGGGGGAAGAAGGGGGGAGCGGAGGAGGUGCCGGUGCCGGGGGGCGAAGAGGAUGGCUUGGGAAGCAGCCGGCAGUUGCUGCUGAGCGGCGUGGGUGCGGGUGAUGGUGGGGGAAGGGGGGAUGCGGUGGGCAACGGUAAUACCGGUCCCAGUGGGUUGCAGUCGACAUGGGGACGUGGAGAAGAAGGAGAGGGAGGUGAAGUGGCGGGCGCGGGUGUCGUACUACCGCGUUGGCAGACGGUCGUACUGGCGGCAGCGGCGGGCGGUCGUAUGAGGGCGAAUCUGGGGGGACGGGAGCAGCUACAACCUCAGCAGCAGCAGGGGCUUGGUCAGUUAGCUGGAACACUUCUUGAGGCGGAUGCGGCUAAGGGGCCGCUUAGCAGCAGCAAUAGCAGUAGCAAUAGCAGUGGCAAUAGCAGCAGCAGCGGUGUAGGGAACCCGGAGAUUGAGGUUACACCGGGGGAAGUCGCACAGAAGUACGGAAGGGUGUUGCUCCGGGGAAGGGAGCAGCAGCGGAAGCAGCUCGGGCUGGAUGCUUAUGGCACAGCCAAG